AGGAAAGGCUUCAUGUCAUUGGCUCUCUGCACACCUGGAAAUGAAAUUUUGUCCUCAGUCAGAGAUGGUGAUCAGAUGGGAUUUCUGUGUGCUCCUCUCAAUGGUUUUGCUCGCUACCCAGGCUUUCCCACAGACAAACAUUAAAAUCAGUCAAGCUAUGCCAGAGCCAAUUGAGUCCUACUCCUGCCCACUGUUUUGGACAGAAUAUGAAGGGUACUGUUACAGAUACUUUCCCAUCAAUAAAACAUGGGCUGAAGCCGAUCUCUAUUGUGCGGAAUUUUCCAUUGGCAUAAAAUCAGCCAAAUUAGCAUCGAUUCACAGCUGGGAAGAGAAUGUCUUUGUAUAUGACCUGGUAAACAGCAGAGUGCCUGGAAUACCCACCGAUAUCUGGAUGGGACUUCAUGACCUAAGACAGGAAGGUCACUUUGAAUGGACAGAUGGUUCUUCCUAUGACUAUAACUACUGGGAUGGCAACCAGCCAGAUGAUGGGAUCCACUCCAUUCCAGAGGAGGAGGACUGUGUGCAGAUCUGGUACAGAUAUAACAGUGCUUUACGCUCAUGGAAUGACAACAGCUGCAACAGAGAAUUCCCAUUUGUCUGCAAGAUUCCAUCACUGGCAAUUGAUUAGCUCGCUCCCACAGUAGCAAACAGCAGCAGUCAACCUACUAAACUACUGGAAUAAAGUCAGUCUGACCAAAGGCAUAUUUUAUAUCAGAGACAAUUUUAGUGGUUCAAAUAACUAGUUAUAUGUCUGAAAAUACCUUACCUGCCUCUUGCUUUUGUCCAUGCUAUGGCUGACCAAAGAGCAUUGGUGAACAGUCAAGCCAGUACAUUUAUCAUGGUCUAGGAACAAUUUCAGCGUUGCGUCUCCACCCAGACCUCUGUGACUGAAAAUAUGAUUUCUUAACCUAUAUGUAUAAUUAAACAGGUGAAACGAUUCAAGACAGUGAGAAAGUCUGAUUCUAUGGUCCUCAUUCCCAUAAAAUGAAUCCUACUGCCCUCAGUGGGUGUUUUGUGUGACAAAGGACUGCCAAACUGGUCCUAGGAUUUGGAAAUCUCUCCAGCAUUCUGAGGAGCAAAACAAUAACCCUUUUGCAGUGAAAAACUAGAGUUCAUUACUACAGAAGACACAUUCGGCAUCAUUUCUGAACUUUGAUGUCAGAAUGAAGUAAAACUAACAGCCUGAAUCAGAUCUCACUUAUACUGGAUGACUUCAAUUGAAUUAUUAUUCAUAACAUAUCAGUGUGAGCUCAGAAUAAGAUGCUAACAAAUCGAUACUGUUAUUGUACAAAUAAAGCAGCUUCAGCCAAAUAUUGAAGUCCAUGCUCAGGUCAUAGUCACGCUUUACUCAGACCAAAUGUGAUGAGAGUUAUACCUGAGUAAAAGCUGAGUAAGGACCUCUAGU